UAAUUCCAGAAGAAGCUUCGCAGUCCUUUUUCUGUAGCAGUCCAAAGACUAGCGGCACAAUUGGACCAGAGCUGUACCUCUGCCUCGGACACACCGUUUGGAAGUCUGAACACACCAGGACAUUUACAGCUUUUACGUGUCCCUCGCUGUUUAACAGUUUGAGACUUGUGUUUUGACACUAGAAACUACAAACGUUUUAUUGCAUUUAGUUAGCCUGCUAGCCGAGUUCUGAAAAUGUUGAGUGUCGCCAGAAGCGUUUCAAGGACUCUUCCCACAAGAAACUGCACCAGAAAUGUGUCCUCUUUGAUCAAGAAGGCAUGCUGGAAUGGCUUCCAAGCAGAUGCUCUCAGAGCCUUGUCCAGAAGGGACUAUGCGUCAGAAGCCAUCAAGGGUGCAGUCAUUGGUAUUGACCUGGGGACCACCAACUCCUGUGUUGCUGUCAUGGAGGGAAAACAGGCCAAGGUGUUGGAGAAUGCAGAGGGAGCCAGGACAACUCCUUCAGUUAUUGCCUUCACAGCAGAUGGAGAGCGUUUGGUGGGUAUGCCUGCUAAACGCCAGGCUGUUACCAACCCCCAGAACACACUGUACGCCACCAAGAGACUGAUAGGACGCCGCUAUGAUGACCCUGAGGUCCAGAAAGACCUGAAGAACGUACCAUACAAGAUUGUUCGUGCAUCCAACGGUGAUGCCUGGGUGGAGGCUCAUGGGAAAAUGUACUCCCCCAGCCAGGCCGGCGCCUUUGUUUUGAUGAAAAUGAAAGAAACUGCAGAGAGCUACUUGGGAACCAAAGUGAAGAAUGCUGUCGUCACCGUACCAGCCUACUUCAAUGACUCACAGAGACAGGCCACCAAAGAUGCAGGUCAGAUUGCUGGCUUGAACGUCCUUCGUGUGAUCAAUGAGCCAACAGCUGCUGCUCUGGCCUAUGGUCUGGACAAAACCCAGGAUAAGAUUAUUGCCGUGUAUGAUCUGGGUGGUGGCACGUUCGAUAUCUCUGUGCUGGAGAUCCAGAAGGGAGUUUUUGAAGUGAAGUCCACAAAUGGUGAUACCUUCCUGGGAGGAGAAGACUUUGACCAGCACCUCCUCCAGCACAUUGUCAAAGAGUUCAAGAGAGAGUCUGGUGUCGAUCUGAUGAAAGACAACAUGGCCCUGCAGAGAGUCCGAGAGGCUGCAGAGAAGGCCAAGUGUGAGCUGUCCUCCUCACUGCAGACUGACAUCAACCUGCCCUACCUGACCAUGGACGCCUCGGGUCCCAAACAUCUCAACAUGAAGCUCACUCGUGCUCAGUUUGAAAGCAUCGUUGCAGACCUGAUCCGCCGCACCGUGGCUCCAUGUCAGAAGGCCAUGCAGGACGCAGAGGUGUCCAAGGGAGACAUCGGAGAGGUGCUCCUGGUUGGAGGCAUGAGCCGCAUGCCCAAGGUUCAGCAGACAGUCCAGGACCUGUUCGGACGCGCUCCCAGCAAGUCAGUCAACCCCGAUGAGGCCGUCGCCAUCGGAGCAGCCAUUCAGGGAGGUGUUUUGGCUGGUGAUGUCACUGACGUGUUGUUGUUGGACGUAACACCUCUGUCCCUGGGUAUCGAGACUCUGGGCGGAGUUUUCACUAAACUCAUCAACAGGAACACCACAAUUCCCACCAAGAAGAGCCAGGUGUUCUCCACGGCAGCCGAUGGACAAACUCAGGUAGAGAUCAAAGUGUGUCAGGGUGAGAGAGAGAUGGCAGCCGACAACAAGGUGCUGGGGCAGUUCACUCUGGUGGGAAUCCCUCCCGCUCCCCGUGGCGUCCCUCAGAUCGAGGUCACCUUCGACAUUGACGCCAACGGCAUCGUUCAUGUUUCGGCCAAGGACAAAGGCACAGGCCGCGAACAGCAGAUUGUUAUCCAGUCGUCAGGAGGUCUCAGUAAAGACGACAUUGAGAACAUGGUCAAGAAUGCUGAGAGAUACGCGGAGGAGGACAGGAGGAGAAAGGAAAGAGUGGAGGCCGUCAACAUGGCAGAGGGCAUCAUCCACGACACAGAAUCCAAGAUGGAGGAGUUCAAAGACCAACUUCCUGCAGAUGAGUGCACCAAACUGAAGGAGGAGAUCUCAAAGGUCAGGGAUCUUCUGGCCAACAAGGACUCAGAAACAGGAGAGAACAUCAAGCAAGCAGCCUCCACCCUGCAGCAGGCUUCGCUCAAACUCUUUGAAAUGGCCUACAAAAAGAUGGCAGCAGAGCGCGAAAGCAGCAGCAGCAGCAGCUCCAGCUCAUCAGAGGGAGAGAAGAAGGAAGGCCAGCAGUAGGGCUUUUGCACUUUGUUGUCAAGUGGUGUCCAUGACAACGGUGGACUCUUGGGGCUCAGGGUGGACUCGGGGAGGGGAUGGGAGGGGCAUCUGUCUGGAAAGAUGAGGUGAAUCCUAGUCAUUCUCACGAUAUUAUACUAUGAUACUGUGUUUUGGCAGUAAAAUGUUCAAGUAAGAAGAUAAAUGUCUGUGAUUUCUCCUCCACAUCCUGUGAUAUUCUGUACGUCUGUAAUUUAAUUGUCUCAGUCACUCUGAUAAGUUGUUAUUUUUACACAGCUGUUAAUUUACAUUCUGAGGUAGUGAAAUUUGUUUUUCUUUUUCUGUCUGACAUCAUAUUGGCUUCAUGUUUCUUGUUUUUGCUCAGUUCACUCUUGGUCACUGUUGGCUACUGGGUUUUACCGUCUUCAUACUGUUUUAUAGUUCAAUGUUCUACAUCCACUUCAGGUGACUUUAUGGUGCACUUAAUACAACUCGGAGGUGUGAAAUUGGUGUGUAGAAAUAUAUUUAAGUGCACGGUAAAGAUUUCACACCUUUGCAGAACUACAGGACUGUCAGCUUUUGUUUCAACACUUUCAUUUGCAGCACUUGGAGGACUUGUGAACUCAUUUGUUUCUUCUGUUCUUUAACCUGCUUUAAAGGCCAGUUCAGGCCAAAGGACACCAGAUUAGUUUUACUGACUAAAGGGGGAGAACAAAAUAAAUAUACUCUAUAAUUAUUUCUCUCUCAAUAUAUAUAUAUAUAUUUGUGUGUGAGAAUGAGGCGCAUUAUUUGAUGAGACCGUCUCAUUAGAUGUACAUGAAUGCGAUGAAAGCUCUUUUAGUUCUCGGCAUCCUCUUUUGUAGCUCCUGUACAGUCCAUGUGUAAAGAUACAACCGACUAAACAGAAAGUGGAAAAGAGUCGGAUGGCAACAUUGCACAAUAGAGGAAGAGGCCUUAGUAUCUCCUGUUUAAAGGAUACGGGAUAAAAUAAAAAGCCGUGCUGUGUCAUUCCCCCUCUGUCAGGAAGUCUGUCGCUGCCAUUAGCUGCUCUGUGUCAUGUGAGCAUCGCUGGAUACCUGCCUGACUGACACUGACCUGCAAAUGAAGGAAGCGAAGAAGCAGGCGGGUGUCUGUUGAUUGAAUCAAAUUGGGGGGGUGGAUGGGUCAUUGUGUUCCGCUGGUGUGUGAUUAUAUUACUGGAGGGUCACAGUAACUGUCACUGUCUUUUCUAAUAAAAAUCUGAAACAUU